AUGCAUCAGCCCUGGGUCUGGAUCACGCUCUACCUGCUCUGCCCAAGUGUAGUUUAUGGUGGGAAAGUGCUUGUUUAUCCAGUGGACGGGAGCCACUGGGUGAACAUGAAGGUCAUUAUUGAGGAACUACAUUCAAGGGGCCACGAGGUCUCUGUUGUGCGAACGUCAGAUAGCUGGUACAUCAAGGAAACCUCCCCAUUCUAUACUUCAAUUACACUCAAUAUUGAGUCUGGAUUUAAUGAAGACUUUGUAACUACAUUUGUGACCCAGUUGCUUAAAAUCCAGAGGGAGGGAAAGUCUGCCUGGACACGUUUUAAACUGGAAAUGGAAUCAGGACAAGCGGCCUCUGAGAUACAUGAGAAAACAUGCAAAAUGCUUGAGCUGCUUUUUGAAGACAAAGAUCUGAUACAGUCUCUACAGGAUGCAAAAUAUGACCUUGUCCUGACGGACCCUGUUACACCAGGGGGUAUUAUACUUGCCCACUACUUUAGGUUACCAUUUGUUUUCAAUGUCAGAUGGACUAGUCAUGGUGAAGGCCAUUUUUCAAUUGCGCCCUCUCCUCUCUCUUAUGUUCCACUGACAGGGACUGAACUUUCAGAAAAAAUGACCUUUCUUGAGAGACUUACUAACAUGAUCGUAUUUGGCUUCACAAAAUAUCAAACUGCACAUUAUAUCAAACCACAUUAUGUUGGCUUAAUUGAAAAAUAUUUAGGUCCAGAUGUAGACUACAUCUCCCUGUUCCAGGCAGCAGACCUGUGGCUCAUGAGAGUGGACUUUGUGUUUGAGUUUCCUCGUCCCACCAUGCCUAAUGUUAUCUAUAUGGGAGGGUUCCAGUGUAAACCUGCAAAACCUCUGCCUCAACACUUGGAGGAGUUUGUCCAGAGUUCAGGGGAACAUGGAGUCAUCAUUAUGUCUCUGGGGACUUUAAUUGCAGAGCUUCCCCAUGACUUAGCUGAUGAGAUAGCUGCAGCUUUUGCCAAGUUACCCCAGAAAGUCAUCUGGAGGUAUAAAGGUGACAGACCAGCCACUCUGGGCAACAACACUCGACUAGUUGACUGGAUGCCACAGAGUGACCUUUUAGGACAUCCCAAAACUAAGCUAUUUGUGGCUCAUGGAGGAACAAACGGUGUUCAAGAAGCGAUCUACCAUGGAGUUCCUAUACUAGGGCUUCCAUUGAUUUUUGAUCAACGUGAUAAUCUAUUAAGAAUUGAAAUAAGAGGAGCAGGAAAGAUAAUUGAUAUUUUUACUAUGAAUCACGACAUCUUUCUCCAGGGUAUUCAGGAAGUCCUGAAUGACCCCUCCUACAGGAUGAACAUGCAGAGACUCUCCAGGCUGCACAAAGAUCAGCCCAUGAGGCCACUAGAUAGAGCCCUCUUCUGGAUAGAGUUUGUCAUGAGACAUAAAGGAGCAGCUCACCUGAGAACAGAGUCCUACAAACUGCCCUGGUAUUCCUACCACUCUGUAGAUGUCAUAUUAUUUUUAGUAACAGUUGCUCUUCUUAUUUUGUUCAUUUUUGCUGGGUUAGUGUGCUCAUGCUUCAGACUGUGUUUGAAAAGAAAGGUGAAAUCUGACUAACCAGGAGAGAUGCUUCAUUGUUAAUUUUCAUAUUGGUUAAUAUGUUGUUAUAUUACAGUCAAUUUGGCUGUGAUCAGUAAAAAAAAAA